UGUGUAACUCGCCCACAUCCAACGUUCCGCUGUACAUAAAUAGAGCCACUUGAAAAGUUUCAAUGGCCAGUUUGCACAUUUUUAUUUAGACGAAGAUAGUUCAUAAUGGUCGCAUUUGCUGACCUUUCACUCUCCUUUCUUACCGGCCUCUCUGGCCUCACAGUACGCGAUGCUUCUUCAGGAUCUCUCGAUGCAGCCUGUACAGGGAAUACCCAACUUGAAGUUCGAAGCACAGUUUGCUCGCAAAUCGCAGCGGCACUCACCUCGUCCAGCUCUGUAGUGUAUUACCCUGGCUCGGCUCAAUAUAUCAAGGACAAUUAUCACUGGGCUGCGUCUAGUAAUCAGGCCUCUCAAUGUUCCUUUGAGCCUGCAACAGCUGAAGACGUCGGAGUCGCGCUUCGAAUUUUGGGACAGACGCAGACACCAUUUGGAGUUAAAAGUGGAGGACACGCCACGAAUGCAGGCUUCUCUUCCACAUCAGGCGUCGAAAUUGCGUUGUAUUCUUUUUCAGAUGUUGUGUACAAUUCGACCACACAAACAGCAACUUUGGGCAUGGGUUUGAUAUGGGAUGAAGUCUAUGUUGCACUUGAACCGUAUGGCAUGACUGUCGUAGGGCCGAAAAUCACUGGCAUCGGAAUCGGAGGCAUUACUCUUGGAGGAGGAUAUUCGUAUUUGACUAAUCAGUAUGGUCUGGGUAUCGACAGCGUCGUGGCCUACGAACUUGUUAUGCCCAACGGGACAGUGGCUGAUAUCACAGAGUCCACAGAACCAGAUCUGUUCUUUGCGUUGCGGGGUGGAUUCAAUAACUUUGGCAUCGUGACGACCGUUACUGUCAACACACAUCCUCAAUCUCAAGUCUGGGGUGGACUUGUCUCGUAUUCGCAAAACCAAUGGGCAGCAGCAAGCUCAGCUAUUGCCAACUUUUCGGCGAAUGUCACCGAUCCAAAGGCAUCCAUGUACAAUGCAUAUAAUUAUAUCUCUGGAGUGCCAAUAAUGGCGAAUAUCCUCUUUUAUGAUGCUCCCACACCCCCUGAGGGCAUGUUCGACGAGUUCUUGGCAAUUCCUGCUAUCGUAGCGGCCGUUUCUACCAGAUCCUACGUAGAUCUCGUUCAGUCUCUUCCCUUAAAUGCUACUGCUGGGCUUAGAACCGUGUUCAGUUCGGUGGCAAUGGAGGACGUUACAGUCCCUGUAUUGGACAUGAUUGUGAAUGAGACAACGUUCUGGAGCAAAAAAUUGGCAAGCUCCAGUGCUGGAAUUGUCACAUAUGGCGUAGACGUCUUCCUGCCCACGAUCUACGACCAUGUAGCUUCGCCGACCGCAUACCCACCAUCACGAAGUCAAGGUUACUCAUUCAUCGAAUUGUUCUAUGGUUGGACACAAUCGAACUAUGAUAGCACCAUAUUCGACGCUGUCAGCGCAAGUACCCAGCAUAUGCUACAAUCACUCGUCAAUGACGGCCAGGACGUCGCGGGUGUUGCCGUGUACCCGAACCAUGCACCUCCUAACACGAGUUUAGAGACAAUGUACGGCGAUAAUGUACCUCGUUUGCAAGCUAUCAAGAACGCUGUCGAUCCGGAUAAUGUGAUGGCGUUGACGGGUGGUUGGAAAUUCUAGUCCCAAUUUGAUUGCAGAAAGAUGUAUAUUCACAUUCGUUUUCACCUAUACCCUACUUAUCUGGGCUGGAAUCUUUUACAUAUAGUACGUAUACUUACUAUGUACGUCCAACAGUCGUUACGUUUAUCACCGAGCCAGUAUAGUAUAUCAGUCAAUACGAACCAAUUAUCGUAGGUUGACACUGCCAAUGUAAGUCACAGAAU